AUGGCUGUUCUAGCCAUCUCCAAGGGUGUUGACCUGGGGAGGAUAUCCACUUUAGCAAACUUCCACAUGGGAGGAAACGGCCUUGUCUUGCAUCAGGUGUACUGCAGAGUACGUCCCCUCAGCGAGCAGGAUGUGGAGUGCUGCAUAGAAGUGGUCAGUGACACAACAGUGCAGCUCCAUCCCCCCGACGGGUACCGGAUUUUCCGAAAUGGGGAGUACAAAGAGACACAGUAUACAUUUAAGGAAGUAUUUGGCACCCUUGUCACUCAGAAACAGCUCUUUGAUGUUGUGGCGAAACCUCUGGUGGAAGACCUUAUUCGUGGGAAAAAUGGUCUCCUUUUUACCUAUGGUGUGACGGGUAGUGGGAAAACGCACACAAUGACAGGUUCUCCUGGAGACGGAGGACUUCUUCCGCGAUGCUUAGACAUGAUCUUCAACAGCAUUGGACCAUUCCAGGCGAAGCGAUUUGUUUUUAAACUUGAUGACAAGAAUGGUGUGGAUGUACAAUGUGAAGUUGAUGCUCUGUUAGAGCGCCAGAGAAGAGAAGCCAUGCCAGUUCAAAAGACCCCAUCUGGCAAACGACAAAUCGAUCCGGAAUUUGCUGACAUGAUCAAUGUACAAGAUCACUGCAAAGUGGAAGAGGUUGAUGAAGAUAGUGUCUACAGUGUCUUUGUCUCGUACGUUGAAAUCUAUAAUAACUACAUAUAUGACCUCUUGGAGGAAAUUCCCUAUGAUCCAAUAAAACCAAAAUGGAACAGCUGUAACACUCCCAUGCGGAAGGGUGAUAAGUGGAACAGUUGCAGCACUCCCAUGCGGAUCGAUGACUUUAUACCACCACAAUCCAGAGUACUCCGUGAGGACCAGAAUCACAACAUGUAUGUUAUAGGAUGCACAGAAGUGGAGGUAAAAUCUACUGAUGAAGCUUUUGAGGUUUUUUGGAGAGGUCAGAAGAGAAGGCGGAUCGCAAACACCCAGCUGAAUCGUGAAUCCAGUCGUUCUCAUAGUGUGUUCAUGAUUAAACUGGCUCAGGCCCCCCUGGAUGCAGAUGGAGAUAAUGUUCUACAGGAAAAAGAGCAAAUCACAUUAAGUCAGCUGUCCUUGGUUGACCUAGCUGGAAGUGAAAGAACUAAUAGGACCAAAGCAGAGGGAAGUAGAUUACGAGAAGCAGGGAACAUCAACCAGUCACUAAUGACUUUGAGAACAUGUAUCGAAGUUCUGCGGGAGAACCAAAUGUAUGGCACCUAUAAGAUGGUCCCUUAUAGAGACUCCAAACUAACUCAUCUGUUCAAGAACUACUUUGAUGGCGAAGGAAAAGUGCGUAUGAUUGUGUGUGUUAACCCCAAGGCUGAAGACUAUGAAGAAAGCUUGCAAGUCAUGCGAUUUGCUGAAAUGACCCAAGAAGUUGAAGUUGCAAGACCCGUUGAUAAGCCUCUGUGUGGCUUAACACCUGGUCGUCGCUUUAAGAACCAGGCCUUUAAAGAUGAACUCUCACGGAAACUUGAAGCUCGUGGUGGCCCAGUAAUUGGAGAAACAGAAGAUCAAUCUGUCACAGAAAUGUUUCUGCAAAACUUCCCUCCAUUGCCUUCAUGUGAACUGCUAGAUAUUAAUGAUGAUCAAACACUUCCAAGGCUGAUUGAUGCCUUGGAAAAGCGCCAUAAAGCCCGGCAAAUGCUGUCAGAGGAGUUUGCUAAAAACGCGCUUGCAUUUAAAACUAUGAUGCAAGAAUUUGAUACCAAAAUGGUAUCCAAGGAAAACUUUGCUCAAGGAAAGCUGGCUGAAAAGGAGAAAGCGAUAGCAGGACAGAGAAUGGAGAUUGAACGGCUAGAAAAGAAAAACAAAACGCUGGAGUAUAAGAUUGAUAUCUUGGAGAAAACGGCUACCAUUUAUGAAGAAGAAAAACGUACUCUACAGCAAGAAUUGGAGAGCAAGAGUCAGAAAUUGCAGCGUCAGGCAUCUGAUAAACGCAGGUUGGAAGCACGGUUGCAAGGCAUGGUGGUAGAGACUACAACCAAGUGGGAGAAAGAGUGUGAGCGGCGGGUGGCGGCAAAACAACUGGAGAUGCAGAACAAGCUGUGGGUCAAAGACGAGAAACUGAAGCAGCUGAAAGCCAUUGUUACUGAACCAAAGCCUGAAAAGCCAGAGAGACCUUCACGGGAGAAGGACCGAGAGAGGGGUCUUCAGAGAUCUGUCUCUCCUUCACCAGUACCUCUUUCUAGUAACUAUGGUACUCAGGUCCCAAACAGCCACCAACUUAUGAGCCAGCCACAGAUGCAUAGACGUUCUAACUCUUGUAGCAGCAUUUCUGUGGCAUCGUGUAUUUCUGAAUGGGAGCAGAAGUUUCCUUCACACAGCAAGCCUACCAGUGUUACACCUAAUGCAAGGAUUAGACAACAGGAACCAGAGCAAAAUAGAAACUGUGUGUCAGACAGAAGGCGAGGGAUGUACCGAACUGGAGUCACUGAGGUUCCCAGCCGUAGAAAUCAGAUAGACGUAGAAGAGGACCAAUGCUGCAGGAACCCACCUCCAGUUCGGCUCAGGCACAGACGGUCGCGCUCGGCAGGGGAGAGAUGGGUAGAUCAUAAGCCAUCUUCUAACGUGCCCACUGAAACAGUCAUGCAGCCACAUGUCCCCAAUGCCAUCACAGUAGCAACCGCGAGUGAAAAGGCACUAGCUAAGUGUGACAAGUACAUGCUGACACACCAGGAGCUAGCCUCCGAUGGGGAGAUUGAAACUAAAUUAAUUAAGGGUGAUGUUUUCAAAACUAGGGGUGGUGGACAGGCCGUCCAGUUCACGGAUAUAGAAACUCUGAAACAAGAGUCUCCAACUGGUCGAAAGCGAAGAUCAUCCCAAUCCAGUCCUAACCCACCAGAAGAUGGUGCAGAAUCUGAAUGGACAGAUGUGGAAACCAGAUGUUCUGUAGCUGUGGAGAUGAGAGCAGGAUCUAGUCUUGGACCUGGCUACCAACAUCAUGCUCAGCCCAAGCGCAGAAAACCAUGAGUUUUGUGUUCGCUACCAUCCCAGAAUACUGUUUGUUCUACUUCAGCAACGGGAUUUUAAUCUGAAUUGCUGCCAGCAAUGCCUUGGUAAACUUACUGCCUUAUUAACACUGCCUGUGUGUAUUUUAUAACUGGCUGUGCUGGGCAGCAGCGAAAGGGAAAGGCUUUCCCCAAACCCAGGGAAGUUUUGUAUAUUCAACAAACUUGAAGGUUUUUUUAUGCUGCCAUAUAUUCUGGACUUCUCCAAAUGUGCCUUCUAGCUUGUUCGUAUCUGUGAGCCUCUUGAUGAUGACACACUAUUUUUCUUGUCAACUAAAUCAUGCGAGGUCUUGGCCUUGUUUUUUCCAAGGUUUCCUUUUUUAUACAUGUAGUGCAAAACGCUUUCAGUUUUGGUCACGGUCCUUUUGGGUCCUUUUUGUUUUAAAGAAAUAGACAAAAGCUGCUAUUUAUUUAGCUGCAGUCAUGCACUUUAGGAACGUUUCCUCUACCAAUUCAGGCUCUUUUUAUCAUAAUUAGAAGCAGUUCAGCAAUAGGAAUUGCCUAUUAGAACAAUUCAUCAGAGAAGAGAUGAAACUUUAAUUGCUGGACCGACAUUCUGUACAUAUGCAAAUUAACUUGAGAGAAACCAUCACAGUCUUUUGAGCCACCUCCAGUGAGAGAGUACAGGGUUGCUGAGGCAGUAUAUAAUGAUGAACUGAUAUCAGACCACCUCCUUGUAUGUAUAAGUAACUAGUAUAUACGUGUUACAGUGGUAGAUGUGGGGUGAGAGGCUAAUAGGCUCACGCGUGGUGACACUAAGUGAAUCUGUAAACCUGUUAAAAUAAAAUACUUUUUUCCAUGGCG